CGGGGGCUGGGGCGGCGGCGGCCAUCUUGGGUUUCGGCGCGAAGUCAGCGGGCUCCCGGGGACCGGAGCGGCUGUGUUCCCCAGGGAGCCAUGUUGGGUUCGGGCAGCCUGAGCCCUCCCGCUGGGGCCAUUUUGGGGCCGGGCAGAGGCGCGCCGCCGGGUCCAUGGAGUGAUUGGGUGGAGGAAGGCGGUGUAUCCAAUCUCCUGUGAAAUAUUGAAAGGCAAACGUUCUGAAGAAGUUGAGAUGAAAUACCUCUGUUUUUGCCAAAGCACAGAGGAAUGGGAAGCAGUGUGUGUGGUGUCUUCUCAGUCCGUAUCAUCUCAGUCUAGUCUUGGGGACUAGAGUUACAGAAAGACUAGGAUAAUGAUAAAGUGGUGCAAAUAUCCAGGGCACUGUUACACUGAUAGGAAGAUCCAGGACUGCUGCUGCUCUUACUUUCAUACUUUCAGAAGCAGGAGAAGCUACAGGGUCACAGCAGUGAGGUGAUCAGAUGGCUUUUAUAGUGGGUAGAAGGAACCCAGGCAGCCGUGGAGGAUGUUGCAGCAGCAGCGUUCCCUGUGCUGCUGCUGUGGAGAAGACCUGCCGUCCUCGGCAGCCCCGUGUGCGGCGCACCUCUUCAUUAGACACCAUCGUGGGCUCGUACCUAUUGGGUCAGUGGCCGAGGGACACUGAAGGAGCUUCCACUUUGUGCAUGAAUGACAAAGCUACCCAGCCAUGUUUCUCAUCACUUCAGACUCCAGUGUCCUGGCAUGACGCGGAAGUGGGGAAGGCCAGCUGCAGUGCUCACAAGCGUUCUGCUUCUUGGGGUAGCGCAGAUCACCGCAGAGAGAUUGCCAAACUGAAGCAACAGCUCCAGCGAACAAAGCUAAAUGGCAGAAGUGGCAAAGAAAAGGAGAAGAGCUCCCCGCUUCAGGGGGACCAUGCUGUCUUUGGAUCGCUCAGGGACACUCCUUCAGGCUUCCUUUCUUCAUGUCCCAUUUUGAGGUUCAGCCCCUGCUUGCAUAGGAGCCUGGAAGGGCUAAACCAGGAACUGGAGGAAGCAUUUGUGAAGGAACAGGGAGACGAAGAGCUUUUGCGGAUAUUGGAUGUCCCAGAUGGCCACAGGGCACCAGCGCCUGCCCAGAGAGGUUCUCAAGAUGCAUCCCUCACCUUGGAGCCUGGCAGUGACAGCUGUAGCAGCCUCUCUCUUUCUCCUUCUCCUUCUGUGCCUCUCCGCCUUUCUCCCCACACCCCGGUGAGACUAGCAGUGGGAGAGCUGUCCUCUGCGGCAGAUGAGGUGCAGCCAGAUCCAAAGGAGAAAGAAGAGGGCAGCCCUUCACCAGUCCUAGCCUUUGCUGCUUCUCCUCGACCCAACCACAGCUACAUGUUUAAACGGGAACCUCCUGAGGGAUGUGAGAAAGUCCGGGCCUUUGAAGAAGCUUCCUCCCCCAGCCCUGAUCAGCCUUUCCAGCCUUCCUGCCCAGAUAAGAACAAAGUGCACUUCAACCCCACUGGUUCUGCCUUCUGCCCUGUGAGCCUGGUGAAGCCCCUCUUCCCAAAUGUGGGCUUCCUCUUCAGGGGUUUUCCAGCUUCUUCCAGCCCUGGCACAGGCACAUUUACAUCCUGUCAGGCCACACCCCCCACCCCAUUCCUUGGGGUGCGGAAGGACGCUGCAGUAGAAGGCUUCAGCGAGGUGUCCCAGUCUCCUUCACUGAACUAUGACCACUGGAAGCAUGGCCAGGCAGAGGAGAGCGUCGUCUUCCACAGCUCUCUGGUGGUGUGAAGCCUUUGGGAAAGCUAGCCAUAGCCAGCACCAGCAGCUAUGGCUCAUCAGUGUGUCUCUGCUAGCCUGCGGAGACUAGUGCCUUGAAGGUGGGAUGUGACAGCCAAGAGGCAGCCCUGGGACUGCGAACAGCAGGCUGCCUCUGAGGAUGAUAGAAGCUGUGAAGUCCAGCGUGCCACGGGACUACUCACUGCUGGAGGGGCUUGUUUCUCUGAGCCUCCCCUGUGAAAGCACUUUCCUGUGUUGAAUUGUCUUUGUUUCCUGUGUGAUUGUUUUGCUGGUGGAGAGCGGCCGGGCGCCGCUGCAGGGAGCAGAGGCAAACUCCUGUGCAGUGGCUCUGUGAGUGAGGCUGAGCUGGGAGAAUGCAGGUGGGGCUCCCUCAGGACCCCUCACCCCGUAGCCUGCAGGGGCCUGUAGGACCACUGCCCCUGGAUGUACUGGGGCAGGAAACGGUGUGGAUCUGCACCAGUAGGACUGCUCAUCUCCCUCUGAGCACAGAGAGGGCUGAAGAGCAGCAGAUCCCUGACCGUGCCUCCCUGAGCACCUUUACCCCUCAAAGCAAGCCUGCAGCUUGAGGAACGCUGUGUUUUGGGGAGCACAGGUGACUGCAUGCAGCUCCCACAGAUCCGUGCACUGGAAAGCCUGUGUGACUGAGGGUGAGGGAGCUGCCUGCCUGGUUUCCCUGUGCCUGCGGACAGGGUUACAGGUGCCUUGGCUGUGCUGCAGGGAAGUGAAAACGGGCAUUGCCCAAAGGUCCCUGCUGGGAGGGGGGUUGUUGCUGCUGUAGAGAAACUACCUGCUGCUUUCCAGCCCAGGCAGCCUGGCUGAGUGGGGAUGGGUGCAGGGGGCUCUGGGACCCCUCUGCCUCACUGGGGGUGGCUGUAUGGAAGCACUGCGCACCCCGCAGCGCUCUCCCAGCCUGUUUGUUGCCUUAGAAGGUGAUGCAGUAACAUGGGAACAUUGGUUGUGAAGCCUCCUGACAAAAUAUUUGGUUUUGUGUUCUGUUGCAACGGCUCUGGGUUGUAUUGAAGAAGCUGAUUUUCUUGUAUCUGAUGUAGAAACUCUAUUUUCUUCCAAAGACACUAUUUUUGCAGCUGUUUGAAGUUUAUAUUUUAUGUAUGUAUUGCAAAGCCUAUAGGAGGAAUGUUAGCUUUGGAGUUCUUGUCCUGUGUUUUAAAGGGGUUUUCUUUGCCGAUGCUGGUGUUGCCAGUUCAAAGGAAGCAAAAUAAAUAUUUCGAGCAUCCAAAA